CAUUUGAAAGAACAAAGUGUUUGGUAGUGCUAAGGUAUACUAAUGUUUGGCUACGUAAUAGAAUCCACUCAACAACCAUCGAGGCUUACGCUACGGGUUUAGAUCCGAUAGAUCCGACGAAGGGCACUGCAAUGUUCUAACAGCAAUAAAUUCAGCGAUCUUAUGUUCUUCUAGGCAAAAUUCACGUUAGUUUUUUUUUGGGUUCGAUGGAAAUUAAUACCGCGAAAGCUGCACUUGUACGCGGAGUGCUGUUGAAAAAAUUGGCUUUUCCCAACGUAACAUGCUCGUACUCGACUUCAGGCGAAGCGAACUAUCAGGAAGUGUUUGGUGACCUCAGCCUCGUGCUGUUAUAUCAUCCCCUGACGGCUGACUGCGUCUAUCCAUCGAGUCAGGACGGGCCUGGCCGAAGGCUUCGAAUCGAAAUUCAACCUCAAGAUUUACCAGAUUCUAAUCUGGACGUAAGCAGCUCUUCUGCUUCGGAUGCUGGCCUUUUAGGCAUACCUUUGGGUCGUCUUGUUGGUCUGACAUCUGUGACUCCUCAACAUACGCUAAGGAUUGCCCAUAGUCAAUGUAUUUACGAUGAUUAUCGCGUAAAGUUUUUUUACAUCAGAUUACCUACAGAAAGUGAUCUGGAAGAGUUCCGAAUAGCUUUGGAAGAGAUGGUAAAGCUACGCGAUUGCCAGGAAGAGCGGUUAGAACCGCAGUUUCAAAAUAUUAUCGAAGAAUCCCGAAGAGAAACUCGUAAGCAGUUAAGAACUACCAAAGCUCUCUGGGGCGUCGCUAUGUUCUGUCGUCAGCGAGAGUCUCGCCGUCGAUCGCGCAUCGACCAAACGGUUGAUGCCAGCGAUCCCCUAAUGCUUCCACCGCCCUUCCAAGACGACGAAACUGAAGUGAAAUCCGAAGAGAAACUAUUACUAGCCGCUUCGCUCUUCCGCUUUCAAGUAAGUCAACAUGCCCAUUCGUAUCAUAGCUGCAGUGCAACAAGCACUUCCGGCGACUAUGAUUCGCCUGAACAAGUGCUCGGGCCAACCGCAACUCUAAUGGUAGAUAGCGCCAACCUGCAAACAGACUAUUCAGGUGCUACCGCUGACUCUGUAGGCGGCGCCUCAAGUGCCUCGUUGAUCCCUGUACCCGUAGUUGCUACGCCAAUAGCGGUUCCCAUACCGCCACCUCCUAUUGCAAAGGCCACAACGAAUUUGUCAGUCGAACUUGGCCCCACUGAGCUUUCGGGGGAUAAUCCAGAGGCCCAAAGGCAACUCGAACAGCGAACAGCCCCUACGCCAACAUUUCCUCCUUCUGCGGGCGCAGGUAUCAGUUUUUCGAGUUCGAAGACCCCAAGCGCUGUCUCACAGAAGACUCGGGCGCAGCCAUCUUCGUCAGCAACCUUGACCGAGGAACAAGGCUCGCGGCCGUCUCUCUCGCGUCCUCGUGGACACUGGAAGAAGAUCGCUGCUAAUGUCAGUGUUCGGGUAUUUCCGUUUGCGGGUCGGGCGAUGAUCACUGUUAUCAAUGACAGCCUUGGACAUUACAUCUAUGCGACCUGGGUGCAUUCUCGCAUGACCUGUACGCAAUUAAACAAUUCGGGAUAUCCAGAUUUGUUCUUUCCUGCUCCCAUAAGAUCAUCCUACAAAAGCGAAUCCUGUGACGAAGCGGGAGAGUGGGCUCUGAUUGGAUUGAGAUUUACCACGGCAAAAGAUGCACAACUGUUCAUCGAUCAUAUAAAUAGACAUCGUUCGCGGCUGCUUCUACGAGAGACCGUAUACAAGAUGGAGCUACCUUCUACGCCAAGAUAACUGCAGAUUUACAAAGAUUUUAUCUUCGGACUGUUCAAGCGUUAGAAGGCUAUUUGACCCUCGACAUCAAGCUGUCGUGUGAAUUUGCAUACAGAGCGUAAGCCGGCCAAUGAAGCCACGGCCACGGCAAGAUCGGUGCUAGUUUCAGAUUUUUUACGGCAACGAUUGCUAAUACGGCAUAUUCGUGUUUUCUAUGCUCAGCCCACCUUCGAGUAUUGAUUUUUCUUCAUGUUUUUUUGUAAGUGAUAUUAUAUCACAAAGCGGGCAAUCGAUGUGGCGUUUGUCAGCAAUAGCAUGGGCAUGUGCCUGUAGUCUAGGAUUAGACGGGACCUGUAGGUUGUUUGGA